UGGCGGGCGCGUGGCACGAUCCCAGAGUUCGCGGGCGAGCUAGCGAGUGCUCAGAGCCGGCUUCGUUUGAGGUCGGCAGCUGCCCUUGUAAGAGAGCAUUUGCUAGUGGGUACUCCAGCCGUGGCCACUUUUCUGAGGCGCGAAGGACCCCUAGUCAGUGUGUGAGACAGAGCCUGGGAGCUCCUUGGGGCUGAGGCUAUCAUUUGGAAGCAAUGAGUUUAAAACCCUUUACCUACCCAUUUCCAGAGACGAGGUUUCUUCAUGCAGGACCCAAUGUGUAUAAAUUCAAAAUCAGAUAUGGCAACAGCAUCAGAGGAGAAGAGAUAGAAGAUAAGGAAGUCGUCAUCCGGCAGCUGGAGGAUUCUAUCCGCGUGGUCUUGGGAAACUUGGACAAUCUGCAGCCCUUUGCUACAGAACACUUCAUUGUAUUUCCCUAUAAAAGCAAAUGGGAGAGAGUUUCACACCUGAAAUUCAAACAUGGGGAAAUCGUCUUGAUCCCCUACCCAUUUGUUUUCACUCUAUAUGUGGAAAUGAAAUGUUUUCAUGAAAACCUGUCACCUGGGAAGCCAAUAAAUGACAGUCCUCUUGGUUUGGUCCUAGCUGAGAAGAAAGCAGUAGGAGCCAUGAUGAAGAAACGAAAGUGCAUAGAAGAGCCCAGUUCCCCCAGCGGGCCAGGGCUACACAGGGCCAAGAUGGAGACUUCCAGCCAAGGCCCCAGCACAAAGAAGCCCACUAUGGAAACCAGAAGGAACAGAGAAAGAAAAACCCAGCAAGAAUGGCAGGAGACCCUGGAUUCUGAUAUCACUGAUGUCCAAGAAGAGGAUUCUAAGUUAGGGGAUGGCCUGGCAGGGCCAAUUGUCCUACCAUUGCAGCAGAGCAGUCCACCUCCACCUAAAGAACUAGGAACCAGUGGCUUCUUUGGAUUUCUAAGCUCUCUCUUCCCGUUCCGAUAUUUCUUCAGGAAGACCAGCCACUAGUGAGCAUUCCGAAUGCAGCUAUGGAAAGAAGAUCAUCUCUUGCAAUGAUUCCUCCUGAGCCAUUCUUCCUCUGACUCGAUCCUUUUCUUAUGACACUUCAACCAUGGGGAAUGAAGGCACCAAACUACUGAGUCCUCUGUGGGUUUGUCCUGUCCUCUGCCCCCUUAUAAUUAAUUUUUUUUCCUAUUUAAAACAUUAAGAAAAGAAUGGAACUUUCUAAAAUGCUCUGGCCCUGAGGGCCAGUUUAGGUCUUUUGUCUCUAGCACUCAGGAUUCUAAUGACAAUAAAUUAUUUAUGAAGAA